CAAGAUAGAAAAAGCAGAGAAAAAGACAAGGUCAAUAAGAAGCCACAGAUUGGUGUCCUCUGUAACGUGUGAUCUCUCUCUCCAUCAUAUCGCUGUUGCUGUGUGUUUGGUGUCUGCAAGAAGAACAAGAAGAAGAGAAUGGAGAACAUAACAGGGCUUUUGAAAAUUCAGGUGAAGCGAGGCAUCGACCUCGCUGUCCGCGACAUUCUUAGCAGCGAUCCUUACGUUGUCGUCUCCAUGGCUCAUCAGAAAUGGAAGACUCGGGUGGUGAAAAACAGCUGCAACCCAGAAUGGAAAGAUGAGCAGACUCUUUCCAUUACAGACCCCAACAUUCCAAUCAAUCUAGCUGUUUACGACAAGGACAUGUUCACCGCGGACGACAAAAUGGGAGAGGCCAAGAUCGACAUCAAGCCUUACAUGGAUGUUAUAGAGAGGCGGCUGGAGAACCUCCCGACCCCCACCACGAUUGCCAGGAUCCAGCCUUCCAGGGACAAUUGCCUGGCGGAUGAGAGCUCGAUCGUGUGGAGAGACGGCAAGAUCUACCAGGACAUGGUGCUUGGGUUGCGUAACGUCGAGUGCGGCAAGGUGGAGGUCCAGCUGGAGUGGAUCCACGUCCUCGACAGCUCUCGGCGCCUGUGAGUCGGGUCACCUUGUGCCAAACCUCAAAUCUUCAACGGUUACCUCUGGAUCAGUCUCUAAAUUCGAGUCGUUCUGCUUUAUAAAUAUUUUCUCGUUAGUACGUGCUGAAUUUAUGAAAAACGCAAUCUUAUAAAUAUUUUCCCGCCUAA